AUGGAUAACAAUGAUAAAGUUACAAAUUAUGCAACUAGAAGUGGAACUACUCCUGCAAUACCUAGUGUAGGUGGUGGUGUUGGGUUCAGGCAAGAGCGGAGUACUAGUGCGAACGGCAGCAAGAAAUCGGCACAGCUUCUCAAGAGCAUCGACUGCUUUGGCCUUGAAUUGGCCAUGCAGGAAGAAGGUGCAUUCCACAAAGCUGACUCUCGCUCUUCACGCCCAUCUCCUCCUGCAGUUUCACUUGCAAGAAAGGUGGGAGCUGAAUUCAUAGGCACUCUACUUCUCAUAUUUUUGGCGGCAGCCAUAGCCAUUAUGAACCCAAACACAAGAGAGCCCACCACCCUCACCGUCGUCGCCGUCGCCACUGGCCUUAUCGUCAUGAUAAUCAUCUUCUCGACCGGCCACAUAUCCGGAGCCCAUCUUAACCCUGCAGUCACCAUCGCCUUCGCUGCCCUAAAGCACUUCCCAUGGAAACAUGUGCCAGUAUACAUCGGAGCACAGGUGUCGGCAUCUCUCUGCGCUUCAUUCGCAUUGAAGGGCGUUUUCCAUCCCGUAACCGGAUCAGGAGGUGUCACAGUUCCUUCCGUGGCUUAUGGCCAAGCUUUUGCUUUGGAGUUCAUUGUCACCUUUGUUCUAAUGUUUGUCACUACUGCCGUCGCCACCGACACAAGAGCAGUUGGAGAGUUGGCGGGAAUCGCUGUUGGAGCAACUGUGAUGCUCAACAAUUUUGUUGCAGGGGAAAGAACGGGAGCUUCAAUGAACCCUGUGAGGACUCUAGGGCCAGCUGUGGCUGCAAACAGCUUUAAAGCAAUAUGGAUAUAUCUCACUGCUCCGAUCCUCGGAGCACUUUGCGGGGCGGCAGCUUACACCGUCGUCAAGCUUCCAGAGGAAGACGGUGACAAUGAGGAUAAGCCGUCAAGGACGAGAAGCUUCUGAAGUACUUGAGAACUUAUGAAACAAUACACCAUACUGUUUUUUGAUCCUGCAUGCAGAUCAAACGAGAUCCCAGAUGAUGAAGAUAAAUUGGAACUAUAUAAUAAUUGUUUAGUACCAAUCAUGUUUAUUGCCUUGUAAUUAGAGCUAGCGAGAUGGGCAAACUGGCUAGCUACUCCUUGAAUCAUAUAUAAUUAUCACUUGUCACGUUUUCCAUGAAUGUCUAGCCUAAGUGUUUUGUAAUAAUAUUUUCUACUUGCUUGUAUGAUUAGUAUUUGGACGUUAUGCAUGCAUAUUGCUAAGCCUCACGUCAGUCUGUAAGCAAAACUUGAGAAUUAAGUAAUGAUGUUUU